CCUGCGCGGUUAUGGCGGCGCCCGGUUCGGAGAUGGCGGUGGCCGCCGCGGCUGGACCGGAGGAGCUGGUAUGCGCGCGGGGCCGGAACCGCAAGGCAGUGCUGUGCCAGCGUUGUGGCUCCCGCGUCCUUUUGCCUGGAACCGCAAUCUUCGCCCGCAGAGAGCUUUUCCUUCCCUCCAUGAAGAAGAAGACAGCACUGGUGGCAAGCAGUGACCCAGAUGGAGACGUUCUGCAAGACCAUUGGCUGGUUGAUGACAUGUUCUCUUUUGAAAACGUUGGCUUUACCAAGGAUGUUGGAAACAUAAAGUUUCUGAUCUGUGCAGACUGUGAAAUUGGCCCUAUUGGCUGGCACUGCUUGGAUGACAAAAAGAGUUUCUAUGUGGCCUUGGAUCGGGUAUCCCAUGAAUGACAUGCUGAAGGGUGGCUAAAGACAAACAGCUGGGCAUCCUGUGAAAUGGCUCAUUCCACAUUAUAAAUAUCCUGUUUCCCUCUACUGAACCCCCAGUUUGUAAUGCCAAUGUGUAGCCCUUAAAAUGGCCAAAAGAGGGGGGUGCACUACUGUGAUGCUUUAAAAGAAGUAUCUGUACAUAUUCCUUGUCAAAUGAGUUCCAGCUCCUUUGAAUCUCUCUCUUAUCUUUCAGAACUCAUCUUUAUUAUUUCUAUUCCAGGGUAACAUUGUGCAUUUCCAUGCGUAUAUUCUGAGAUGCAAGACUUUGGUGGUUCACCAUUUUCCUAUUACUGAAAUCGAAAAUGAAAUAUAUUUGAAGUGUUUGUCCUGUGAAGAGUAAGCGUAGAAAACUUUUAGCACCUUUUCAGCAGCAUCACAUCCAGAUUUAUGGCUUUCUGGUAUACUUUGGACCAAAGGGUGUACACAUUGGACUAUGUUUACAAGCAUUGCUGCUAUAUUUCUGCUGGUUUCCAUUUUGUAACCAUAAUAUGGAUAGCUUGUGCUUUUAUGGAAAGCCACAUGCUGAUUGAUGGACACUGCAGAUUUGAAAAAAGUUGAAUGAAAGUCCCAAUUUAAACUAUAAGAAAUCAAUGUCA